UCCUUGGCUUGUCUCUCUCAUUUAGUAUUGACCCUUUUUCCGUUCAGUACUCUCUCUCGGUUUCUCUCAUCCAUCUCGAUCUCUCGUCCAGAGCUGUAAUGGCGUAAAAAGCAAAGCAGAGCUCUCUGUAAAAAAGCAUCGAAUCCGCUGCAAUGGCGUCGUCUCCCUUCAACCGGCUUCAAAAUCUCGUAAGUUCUCAAUCACCUUUUGCUUCCUCUAAAAUCCGCGGGCGUUCGACGGCUCAAAUGCGAUUAGAAAAGAUCCUCGAGAUCAUCUCAUCUCACCCCCACUGUUUCUCCUCGAAAGCAUCGUCCGCGCCCACGAAUCAGCGAUUCCAGAACUCGGGAUCGGAGACGGACGGUCCGAAGCAGGCCGUGAGGGAUUUCGUUACGGGAUUUGAGAUCGACCUGAAUCUGAGAUUAGGCUCGGGGCCGGAGAUUCUGGGAGCGGACGAUCUGACGGCGGAGGAGAUAGGCCUCAGUGCCUGCAGCGGCGUCGGAGGAUCUGACGGAUGUAAUUCGUCUCCGGGAUCCGAAGAGGUGUCGACGGUGGAGAAGAGCUGCGAAGGCGAAUGCGAUCCGAAGGCCAUGGAGAAAAGAGAAGAAGAAGAAGAAGCAAGAGAAGUUUCCGAGGUAACGGAGGGAAAACUGAGUCAUGACUCGGAAAAAGGAGAAAACCGAGUUGGAGCAGCUGAAAACGGAGAAGAGAGCGAUUCGAACCCCAUCUUUUCAUGCAGAGAAGAAGAAGUAGAAGACAGGGAAAGGAAGAGGCAGUGUGGGAACGAUGGCUACUUAGGUCUCCUUCUAGAGGCAGUGCGUCAGAUUUCCGGCGAUUUCGAAGACGGACCGCCGAUAAAAGAAGAACCGGCUCCGGCCGACGGGAAUCAAUCGCUUACUGGAGCCGAAACAGAACCGGCCCGCUGCUGCCGGACCAAACGGAAAACCUGUUGGAUGCUGGAUUUCUACGGCGGGUUCGAAGACACAGCACCCGUCGUCCGAUCGAACCGCGGGCGAAAUCAGGUGCUUCCGUACAGAUUCCGGGACUCGGUUCUCGAGCCGUGGAAACGGAAGCGAUGAGUCCAUUCUCGGUUCGUUGAGACCCGACCGGCACGAAAGGGAAAAACCGUCGCCGAACCGGCACAAAAACAGAUGCAGUUUGUUCGUGUUUUCCGUAACAGGACCUCUGUCUCCCCGGAGUACAGCUACAGUGUGUUUCCGGCGCUGCUCCCUAAACUAUGGCAACACAUCUGCAAUACUCGUGUAGCACAAAUGUACGCCUAUCCUACCGUUCAUUUUUUUUGGCCCGUUGGGUUUAGGGUUUAGGAUACAUCAGGGAUUCCGACGGCUUCGACGAUUAGGAGUCGAUUCUUUUCAGCUGGGCGUUAUCCAGAAUGGGCCCCACAAUUUGGACAGAUGGGCUUGCGUGUAUGCGUGUGUGGUGGAUGAGUUGCCAUACUUUAGGGAGCUGUCGCCAACGCACAUUAUAGUGUACGUUUGUAUGUCUUUCUUCUCUCUCUCCGUACGGUUGAGGGGUUUUCUUUUUCUUUCCAUCCUCAAAGUUGUGCAGUAGAGUAUGUAAGUAAGGGGAAAUGCUGUUAUUAUGUUUGAAAAUAUGUAUAUUUUUAGAAUACAGAAAUGAUUAGUUACAAGCCAAACUUGUGGUGCCGUUUUAUCUUUCCCACCAACAUUCCACUUGUUUAGCACGGUACCGUGAAAACGGUGGGUCCCACCAUGAAGAUUAGCUAGGGCAAAUCAGGCUUACAAAUCAUCAGGUGGGCCACACCAUUGGAUUCCAUGUGCAGUCGAGUGUCUGACUCAGCAUAUAUAGGUGUGGCCCACCAGUGAGCGGAUCAGCCUGAUUUUCGGAAAGGGUGAUAUUUAUGGUGGAGCUUUACACUUCCAUGGUACUGAUGUUCAACAGAAGUGGUAUGUUGGAGAAAGAUGGUACCGUACCACAAGUUUGGUACGGUUGCCCCCUCAUGUGAUCGGUUCUUCUUUUAUAAUGUACACGCGAUGGAGAUUUUAGAGCUGGUUUUGUU